GUUGCCAUGGCUACAGGCGCCGUGCUCUGCGCGGGCCGGCGUGCGCUUCCGGGGCGGGCAGCGGGCUCCGGAAGUGUACAGCUGCCCGGGACCAUGGCGGUGCUUGCUGCUGGGGAUGGCGGUUUGCUCUGCCGGGCGACUAGUUCUGGCCUGGUCAGUCGGCGGCCGACAUCCUAUCUGGGGCGUCGUCCCACAGACGAGGGCUUCAGCCUCCGUGGGGGCGUCUGUAUCCACAUCGCCUUCCUCCUGAAGACCCUGCUGAAAAUGGAGGAGUCGGUGCUGGUGCUACCUCCUUGGGGCCGCUUCUACCAUUGGCAGAGCCUGGACAUCCACCAGGUCCGGAUUCCCUGGUCUGACUUUUUUGAUCUCUCAAGUCUCAACAGAAACAUCCCUGACACUGAGUAUGAACAGUUCAUUGCAGAUGGCCUUGCCUCCUGCUUCGGAGAGAAUGACAUGUUACUGGAAACAAGUGAUGCCGCCUGCGGAAAAUCAGCUGUAAUCCUGAGCUGGAUCAGCCCUGGGUGA